CCGGGAAGUAAAACAGAAUAGGGGUUAUUUACAGAAUUGAGUGGAAUGUCUUUCCAUCAUGCACAGGAAACCAUGACUUAUAUUGUUUAAAUUAAUUGCAAGAAAGCAAGAAGACGUCCUGUGAUGGGCUGGGCGGUUAACACCGUAUGGUUCAUGUAUACUUUAUGUUUUGUACUCUGCGUGUUUGAGCAUCGACAGGUGUUUGCCGUAGAAGAAGAAGACCCCUCUCAGUUUGAAGUUCCGGAUGGAUUACAUUUGGCAUCCGACACGGGAAUCGGCACGGCCGGUGAGUCUGAGACAGAGGUGACGACGGCAGUUCAGUUCAAGACCGCCGAGAUCGCGGACGCAAUGCUGGGAACAGAGGCAGCGCCUGUCCGGGCGGAGCUGCGGUCGCUGAUUCCUGCAGACGCGACACCCGCCCGAACAGGGUCCCAGGUCUCUUGUGACUAUGGGAAAUGUGGGUCCCAAGAGAACGAGCUGCUUUCAGCCCAGCCACCGGCGGAGGAGUCCCCCGGCGAAAAUAGCGUGGAAGACGUGCCACCGGUAACCCUGGAGAUGGUCCACAUGGAGGCAGCGACCUCCGAGGAGCAAAAUUCAACCGAGACUGCAAAGACGCCUAAAGUAAACUGUGAAAAAAGAAACAUGACUGAGGUGGAUAACCUCACAGUACACAUUCUAAAUGCCUCUCAGGACCUGAUGGAGUUUCUGAAUGUCAACAGCAGCGAAUGCUCGGUGGUUUUGUUCUACACAGCCUGGUGCCAGUUUUCUGCCAGUCUGGCUCCUCACUUCAACGCGUUGCCUCGGGUGUUUCCAGCCAUCCACUUCCUGGCCCUGGACGCUUCGCAGCACAGCAGUCUCUCCACAAGGUUUGGGACUGUAGCUGUUCCCAAUAUUCUUCUCUUCCAAGGGGUUAAACCAAUGGCCAGGUUUAACCAGACAGAUCGGACACUAGGAACUUUAAAGGCUUUCAUAGUUAACCAGACAGGUAUUGAAGCUGACCCAGUACAGGAGGUAACAGAAGAAGAUCAUGCAGGACCCCUGCAAAGCAUUCCUGUUCAAAGCAUUGACUGGCUGCUUGUUUUCUCCAUCUUUUUUAUCUCUUCUUUUACUACUUAUGCAAUACUACGGACAGACAGCAUUCGAUGGCUAAUUCCAGGACAGGAACAUGAGCACCAGGACUGAUACUUGAGCCCCUAUUUAUAGUCAAUGCUAAGAAUUUAACUGGAUGUAUGUACUGUAAAUUGUGAUUUUGGUGUAAAUUACUAAAAUGCUCAACAAACUUGAGCAAAAAUGGUUAAAAUAUAGAUUCAUUUUAUGUUAAUUAAUCCAUGCACUAUGUAUUUAUAAACUCUACUGUGGUAUAUGCUUACAACAGUUUUGCUGUUACAAAAAAACCUGUCUACUGUUGGACUACUUGGAAACUUAAAUAAAUACAUUGACUGGGGAAUUAAAAA